GCAGGUCUGAGGUCAGAUUUCAUCAGAAGAGACGAAGUAUGGAGGAUGUCUGCUGGACGGUCACUGGGAUGAUCAGAGGGAGGACGCAGCUGCAGGUCAGAGGUCAGAGGUCAUCUUACCUGUACACCUGUGCGCUGUGACAUCAUACAGCUGACAGGAAGUGGUCAUCAUGGUGGGUGUGUUGGCGUGCGGCUCCGUGAGCUCGAUCAAAGCUCUGUGGGAGACGAGGAUCAGGAGGAUCCAGGACGAGGAGGAGGAGCAGAGGAGGAGGACGGCGAGGGGCGGAGCCACAGGCAGACUGAGUUUGGGGGUCUGGGAGGACCGGGCGGUUCUGGCCCGGCUCAAACAGAAGCUGCAGACUGAAGACGGACGCCUCGUCCUCCGGAUCGAACAGGAGGACUGGAAGUCUUUGCCGGACUGUCUGGUCCAGCUCGGUCAGGUCCAGGAGUGGCAGAUCCACCGGACCGGGCUACAGAAGAUCCCUCACUUCAUCUCCAGCUUCCAGAACCUUCUAGUCCUUGAUCUGUCCCGCAACAGUGUCUCCGAGAUCCCCCAACAGAUCGGGAAGCUGACUAGGCUCAGAGAGCUCCUGCUGAGCUACAACCGGGUCCAGUUUGUUCCUGAGGAGCUGAGCGGUUGUGAGAGUCUGGAGAGACUGGAGCUGGCCAUGAACCGGGACCUCAACGAGCUCCCAGACCAGUUGAGGAACCUGAAGAAGCUGCAGCACCUGGAUCUGUCCAUGAACGACUUCACCUGUGUGCCCGACUGUGUGGUCGGACUGCCGGCGCUCGAGUGGCUCGACAUGGGAGGAAACCAACUGCAGCACCUACCUGAAGACAUUCACAGGAUGGAGAAGCUGCACACUCUGUGGCUGCAGAGGAACCAACUCGAGAGACUUCCAGACAACAUCAGCAGGAUGGCCAUUCUGGACACUCUGGUCCUCAGCAGCAACAGACUGAGAGAUAUCCCCCCACUAAUGGAGGACAUGUCCAACCUCAGGUUUGUGAAUUUCCGGGACAACCCUCUGACUCUGGAUGUGACGCUACCGUGCAGGAAGACAAAGACUGAGGAUGAUGAAGAUGAAGAUGACAGAGAGAUGUUUGGACGAGAGUUCAUGCAGUUGUACAUCCGUGAGGCCAGAAAGAGAGCGUACGCUGUCCUCAACAUGCACUGUGUCAACCAGCCGAUCGACGAAUCGUCAGACUAAAAUAAUCUCUGCAUUUCUUCUUCUGGGCUUUUCCCUCCUCAGAACUCAGCUACAGGUUUUAAAAGCAGUGAAGAAAAAGACUUUAUACUUCCUGUUUUUUGGAGGCUGAAUUACCAGCAGACAGACGAACACUGAUGGUUUAUAAUGUGAAACUGUUGUUGUAUGAGCUGACGUUACUUCCUGUUUGUGUUGUGUGCAUCACGUAGUUCUUACAGACUGAACACAACUGAAAAUACUUUAAUACAAACUUUACAGAACAUGUGAACAUACUGAGUCUGAGAAAAUAAAAGUCUUCUUUAGAAA